AACGAUCAGACGUCAUUCGGCCAAUCGCCUCUCUACAGGGGCUUUCCAUCAUGGCGUCUAUGCAGAAGCGAUUACAAAAGGAGUUGAUGGCAUUGCAAAGUGAUCCACCUCCUGGAAUGACACUAAAUGAGAGAAGUGUCCAGAACACAAUCACUGAGUGGUUAAUAGAUAUGGAAGGUGCUCCAGGUACUCUUUAUGAAGGGGAAAAGUUUCAACUCCUGUUCAAAUUCAGUGGUCGAUAUCCUUUUGAUUCACCUCAGGUAAUGUUCACUGGAGAGAAUAUACCCAUCCAUCCGCACGUCUAUAGCAACGGUCACAUCUGUUUAUCUAUUUUAACGGAAGACUGGUCACCAGCUCUGUCUGUGCAAUCUGUUUGUUUAAGCAUUAUCAGCAUGCUGUCAAGCUGCAAAGAAAAGAGACGUCCUCCAGAUAACUCAUUUUAUGUAAAGACAUGUAAUAAGAAUCCAAAGAAAACUAAGUGGUGGUAUCAUGAUGAUACAUGCUAGUAUAAACACCAUUUUGAUAUAUAAACAGACUUUUCCAAGUGCAUCAAGUACUUUAUGAUACAGUCUUUGGGUUAAGACUGAACCAGCAGACCCUGGGAUGGUGAUUUAUGUAUGUCUUAGGCGUACACUUCUGCUGACUGCAAGAAGUGCAUAAAACUGCAGGAAUGUAACCCAUCCGGCAAGUAUAUUUUGAUGGAAGCAAGAUGUGGGCAUUUUUUCUUUUUUAAAAUCGGUUAUUUGAUUUACGUUGUAUUGUUUUCUUUCAUAAACUUCUAAGGGUUUUCACUGUUUGUGCAAUAAUAUCUUCAAUGUGGGUUUGGAAUUAAAGGGAUCAUGACAUGAGAAAUCAAAUUUGCUUUGAUCUUUUGACAUAUGAGGUCUUUGUACCAUUAAAACAUCCUGCAAGUUUCAUAUCUUAAAAUGUACUCCUCAUUAUAAACAAAGCAUUGAUAUAAUCAAGCUCCAAAAUUGGCUUGUUCUAAGACCUCAACUAAUAGUUGUACAUCAUUGCACCAUAGGCCCCGCCCACUGGCAUUCAGUGGCUUAAUGGCUGACAUUUGCCUACACUGGAUGUGCAUCAAAAGCAAAUAGAACCCAUUAUAAUCACUGAUGCUGUCUACACUGGAUACAGUAUACAGAUGUGCAUUCAGUUUCUGACGUACUCCACGUGCUUGAGUCUGUCGACAACAGGACAAAUGGAAGAUCUCUGUAUAGACUCCCAGCUUCGGAAACAAGUGAAUGGUUUAUUUUAAUAGCGUCCUGGAUCGCGUCUGAGGAUUAUGUUUGUUCAGAGCAUUUUGUUUUGUCAGCGAAGCAUGGUGUAAUGGAGAGUUUGCAAAGAAACUUGUUGAAAGAUGAAGCAGCCAACUUUAUUAGAUCUGAAAGUAGCUGCAUCACAAAACGCAAGUAAAUUAUUUCAUAAUGCUUUGUCUGUAAGUGACGAUUUUAUAUGAAUGCUUUCACCACUUACUCGCAUGCAAUAGUGAAUGGGCAUUGAUACUGUUUCCUAUGCAGUGACGUUAGCCAAUAAUAAUAGUGGCUGUUUACUGACACGCCCUAAAAAUGGAGCCGCCUCUUAAAAACGGAGGGCCAGAAUGAAGGUUGGAAAUAACAUUUUUUCCAUAUAUAUAUAUUGUGCAGAAACACUUUAUUAACUUUAUAAGUGAACCUCAAAGAACAUAUUAAAGAGUAAAGUAAAAUAAAAAUAAAAAAUCUAUGUCAUGACCCCUUUAACAGAAAACUAUUGUAAUGUAAUGGAUCAAUAAUCAAAAGCAGAGACAGAUGUUUAUUUUCUCCUUGCUUGGUUAUGCACUGUGAAAUUCAAACAGGGCACAUUUGUUCAUGAAUAUUUUAUCUAUAUACUUAAAAAACAUAGUUUCUUUUAAAACAAAACUAUAGGUGUCCUGCACCUUUGGUCCUUAUUCCCUAAUAAGCCAUUUAAGUUGAAUUUUGUAGCUGGGUUUGCUGUAUAGUACUAUUCUGAUAAAUGUCAUAUUUACAGAUAUGUACAGAUUAGAUGCAGGGUGUUGAUCAUAUUAUAUGAUCGUAAGGGUAAUUUGGAAUUACACAAAGAAAUGCUUUAUGGGUUAAGGUUUAAGCACUGGCUUUAUAUAUAGACCCACAUUUUGUGUAGUUAAAAUGAGAGAUAACUUUUUAGGCAUAAUCACUUUAUCUUUUAUGUGAAGCUCUAGUUAUAUUAAAAUGGUCUGUUUGAUUUAUUGGUUGUAUCCUGCUGUGCUGGGUAAGAUUCUUUUAAAAAGUUAGCUUUAGAAAACAUAAAGUUUGUCUUCAUUGUUUUGUUAAAACUUUAUUUAACUUUAUUUAAAACAAAUGUUCUUAUUAAAGUAAUAUAUUUUGAAA